AUGGAAUUAUUCGAUAGUGAGUUUAUUGACGCUGCACGUGACAAAGUAAUAAAUGAAGAGUUGAACAAAGCAGUAGUUGAAAACUAUCAAGAUGUAUGUUACGAAGUAAUAAAUAAAGCGUUAAACGAAUCAUUAUCACUAAAUGAAGUAGAAGUUGAAAACUAUCAAGAUAAUACAAGUCAUAGGCUUAUAUUUGAUAUGGACUCUUCGGACGAAGAUUUAAACGUUCCUGCUCCUUCGCUUCAAAUAACUUUAGAACAAUCUUUUCAUAUCUGGGACGAUGUUGAAAAUUUUCUAAAGGAUUAUGGAUUAGAAAAGGAUUUUAGUAUCUGCAAAAAACGUACAGAAACACAAAUGGAAAAUGAUACUCAAAUCUUAUGUAAAGUUA